AGUGUCAGUUUUGUUAUAGCAAUAAAUAGUGUCCUCAAUAAAUAUUGAAAAAUGAUUUUAUUAUAAACAUUAUUACAUAAAGUCAUGUAUGUUUUUAUUACACAAAAUCGUCAAUAAUAAUGUCUAAAGUAAUUAACAAGGAAGGUGUAAAAGCAGGGUCUAUUUAUAGAGUAGCUCUUGAAAACUUUGUAACUUACAAACAAGUCGAGUUGUUUCCCAGUCAAUCAUUAAAUUUGAUUAUAGGACCAAAUGGAACUGGUAAAUCGACUUUUGUGUGCGCUAUCAUUUUGGGCCUUUGUGGGAAAACUAGUGUUAUAGGACGGGCUAAAAAGAUAUCAGAAUAUGUUAGAAGUGGCUGUGAAGAAUCAACUAUAGAGAUAGAACUGUACCAACAACCUGGGAAACGGAAUGUCAUUAUUACAAGGACAUUCAAUCUCAAGGAUGUGUCCAAUUGGGCAAUUGAUCAUAAAACUGUUAGAGAGAAACAGGUGCAGGAGCUAAUAGCCUCUUUAAAUAUACAGGUAGACAAUCUGUGCCAGCUUCUUCCGCAAGAUCGGGUGCAGGACUUCUCCAAAAUGGAUCCACAACAGCUACUUCGUAGUACUUUAUCUGCAGUUGGUGGGCAACAGAGUGUCUCACAAUUAGACGAAUUGAUUGAAAGUCGAAAUAAGCAGAGGGGUUUGUCAACUAAGUUACAGAAUAAUGCCCAGCUAUUACAGGAACAAAUAAGACUUAAUGAAAGAUUAAAAAUUGUGAUUGACGGUAUGAAUCAACGAAAGGCGAUUGAAAAAGAAAUUGAAAUAUGCGAGAAAAAGAAACUUUGGAUAGAAUAUCAGGACCUACGAGAAAAAGUUGUAGAGUAUGCAAAUGAUAAGAAAGAAGCUGCUAAAUUGGUGAACUCCCAUAAAAGUCGAAUGGAGCCACUGGAGAAAAUAAUUGAAAAGGCUAAAGUUGGUAUAAGCAAGUUGGAACAGGAAAAAUUGUCAGCCAAUAGAGAAAUCCACACACUUAAAGACAACAUAAAGGAAACAAUAAACACUGCUCGUCAGCAGGAAUAUCUGCUAAAAGAUAUAGAAGCGUCGCUACAAGAAAAGUUAGAACGGCACAGAAACAGAGAAAAAGAAUUGAUUGAAGCUAAAGUUAAGUUGGAAAAAUUAAUCACCGACAAGACUCGCUUAGUUGAGACUGUAGGAGAUGGUAAUAUACUUAUUUAAGUCUUAAUAUUUUGUCCUUUUUUAGGAUUCCGUACCCAAAGGUAACCAAUGGGACCCUGUUACUAAGCCUCUGCUGUCUGUCAGUCUGUCUGUCAGCGGGCUGUAUCUCAUAAUACAUAAUAGGUAGAGACAGUUCAAAUUUUCACAGAAUGUUUAUUUCUGUUGCCUCUGUAACAACAAAUAAUAAAAAUAAAAAUAAAUUAAAAGUUAAAGGGGACCCUACUAGAAAAGUGUUUUACGAUGGUAUAGAACCCUUCAUGCGCAGGGGGUUCUCAUGCUGGUCUACCUUUCCGGUAAUCCUGGUAUGGAAUACGGGUACGCGACCCCGGCUCCCCGAGCUACUGUUAUUCUCAUACCUUUCCUGCCGAGAUAACAGUAUCCUUACACCUAUGCUCCUACCCCCAAACUUCUUUUUCCUUUUCCCAAAAUGGUAGCUUCCUCUACCAGCAAUAGCAUACCCAAAGAGGGUUGGUGUCAGGCAGGCGGCUGACUGUAAAACUUUUGCCAAAUCCCAUGCAGUAAAUGAAUAGUACGAGUUGUGGGACAUAUGACAGGGCUAGGGCGUACCCCGCAGGCGACGCGCAGGGGCAGCACCCGGCUCCUGUGGGAAGUGGGCAAGGGUUGUCGCACCUUACGGAGCGGGUGCGACGUAAGAGGCGAGCCCGGAGAGAGAAGAAUGUCAGAGUGAGGUUUGCAAGCUGGAAUAUAGGUACGAUGACUGGAAGAGGAAGAGAGUUAGCAGAUGUUUUGAAACGACGAAGAGUGAAUGUUGCCUGUUUGCAGGAAACAAAAUGGAAGGGCAAUAAAGCAAGAGAGAUUGGGGAGGGAUACAAGUUUUAUUGUGGAAGUGAUGGGAAGCGAAAUGGAGUAGGAGUUGUGUUAGAUAGUGGAAUGAAAGAACGAGUGACAGAUGUGAAAAGAGUAAAUGACAGAAUGAUAGUUGUUAAAUUAAUGAUUGAAAACAAAGUAGUGAAUGUUGUAAGUGUGUAUGCUCCGCAAACAGGCUGUGAAGAGAGUGUGAAAGAGAAGUUUUGGGAGGAAUUUGAUUGUAUGAUGAUGGGAAUACCUGAGCGUGAGGAUGUUUAUAUGGGAGGAGAUUUUAAUGGACAUGUAGGGAGAGUGAAUGACGGGUAUGAAAGAGUACACGGUGGAUGGGGGUACGGAGUGCGGAACCGUGAGGGGGAAGUUCUUCUGCAAGCAGCAUGUGCUUUCGACCUGGCUGUAGUAAACACGUGGUUCCAAAAACGAGAUCAGCAUCUUGUUACUUAUAAAAGUGGCCACCACGCGACACAGAUCGACUAUCUUCUGAUAAGACGGAACCAAAUCAAGAGUGUAAAAAACUGCAAAGUGCUUCCAGGUGAAGACUUAGUAUCCCAGCACCGAAUUCUGCUGGCUGACAUCUGCUUAACUGUUCGCCUCAACAAACAUAAGGAUCGUCCCCCACCCAAAAUAAAGUGGCAUUUGUUGCAUAAGGAGGGGUAUGCAAGUGAAUUUAGAGAGCUAGUUGUAAACAAGAUGAUAGAGAUGGGUGAUAUGGAAGGAAUGAGUGUGAAUGAGUGCUGGAAGGAAAUGGCUGAUUGUAUCCGAAGUGUGGCAAGGAAGGUGUUAGGAGAAACAAAAGGGAAGCGUACGAUAGAUAAGGAUGGGUGGUGGUGGAGUGAAAGUAUUAGAGAAGUUUUGAGAGAAAAGAAAAAUGCCUUUAAAGAAUGGCAGAGCGUAGAAGACCAGAAUGAAUCCAUAAAAGAAAGUAAGAGAGGGGCGUAUAAAGAAUGU